CUGGUUGUCAGUGAAGUGGGGGCAACAUAAUAGACAAGCACGUUCAGCUACUCGCGAAGUUGGCCUCACGUUCCGAGGGCUGAGCGAACUGUGUGAUGCGGGACAACCGCCACUGUUGAUGUGACAGCGACAUCGCGCAUCCGGGUUUUGCGAUAAUUGGUGAGAUGAAGAUACGCGGAGCCACCCCUACAUCUCCGGAAAGUGUUCUCCCAUGGUUUCCUCGAUCUGAAUCGAAACUCCUGGCUCGGCGAUGACAGCGAUCCUGUGCCGUAAAAUGGCUGCGUGACCGCGAGAAAAAGCGAGAGCGACGAAUGAACGUAAGUCUCGGACCGCAAGCGGUUUGUUGUGUUCCAACUGGCCAAGAGAUCGUCCUCUUCACUGCGCUCAAGAGACAAUCAAAAGAUGCCGCGUUUCAUGCGGGCCACUCAGCGCACUCGACUGCUGCUCGUCCUCGUCGUUGCGUUCGCCGUACUCUUCAUAUGCGGGGUGGCCGAAGACAACGACCGACGCUCCGCGGUGCGGUCGACGUUGGCAACGCUCCUCGAGGGUGGUGGUGGAGAGGCGAGUAGCGGGAACGACGCACUCUCCGUCGCAGCCGCUCCGGAGGAAUUGCAUCGGUCGCAGAGCGUCCGACAAGUGGUGCACGGUGACUCUCGGUCUGCGUUUGUGCGCGGUGACUCGUCGGCUUCGGUGGCCGCUAUUGGUAUGGUGCACCAGGAGAGUGUGGAACAGCGGCAGAACGCCGCUGUCUGGCAGGGCCAGGCCGUCACCGUGGUCGGCCUACUGGGAUUGACCGUUUUCGCGGUCAUCGUAGCCGUCGUCGGACGGAAACUGUACCGAUCUCGCAGGGAGCGACGCAAUGGUGAGUUGAGAUUCGCCGCGUCGCCGUCGUCGUCGUCGACCCUGGCGCUGAACGGCGCGUCGCGGUCUCGCCUGUUCUCGCGUGACCGGCUCAACACGACCGACUACAUGCAUACCCUGGCGACGCUCGACCGUCGGCUGGCCAUGGACGAGAUCCUGGAGAAGCGGCGACGCGCCGUCUUCCUGCAGCAGAUCCGCUGCCACGCCCCGGGAGACGAGGACGACGUCUUCCUCGAGGAGGGACUCUUCUGCCCCGAGCCUGCGGGAGGAGCGCCCAGCAGCAGGCACACGACGACGCCGACUAACGUGGACGACACCGCGACCACCAGUCGCAUGCAGCACGGCGCGACACCCCUCCUCUAGGAGGGCGCUGCGGCACAAAUUGCGCGCUCACGUUCCAUGUUCUUGUUUGUUUCGAUUUUUUUUUCUCUAUCUAAGAAACCGUUGUCGACAUUUUGUGAGCACGUACCACUGUGAGUACAGUGGAUGCGCGGUGAGUCGCAGUCAUCCUUAACACGAACGAGGCUGUCAAACAACAACAGGAACAACGUUCUUGAAGUAGACCUCUGCCGAGCGGACCAGGAGCGAAGGGAACUGCCGUUCGUGUGAGCGUAGAGACGACGGCGGCUCCACCGUGGAUGUUGAAGCACCGUUAUUCGCAGCACGGAAUGUGGGAGUGCCGCAAGAGAGCCGCGUUCGUGUCAAGGUUGAAGGUGACUGUCGCGGUGGUCCAGAACACAACCUACGCUGAAUAGACCGACCGAGAGCGGGUCAGUCCGGGACGCCCAGCAGUCAUGUGUUGGUGAAUUUCGUUUCAGAUAUCUAAAAUACUGUGAACUUAGCACCAUCGUCCUCCCCGUCCCUCCAGGAUGGGAGCCGCAUUGCCGUUGCGGCUUCUGUUGGCUGCGUGACGGAUUAUGUGCAGCAGGCUUGUCAUCAUGCAGCUCAGAACGGCACUGGUUGCCAAGUGGCGUUGCGGUUACCAGUGAUCACUGAAAAUGAUUCCGUGCUAGAGGUACCCAUUCAGCUGUGGCUAUGUUACCUGUCCUGCAAUGGACAUAAAUAUAGGCUGAUGAUGAUGAUGAUGAUGAUUUUACUGUAGUCUGUUGGUUGAAGUGCCAACCCGCUCGCCGCGUCUUGAUCUGCGUAGAAGUUGUGUUCUGGAUCGGCGGAGCAGACAGUCUCGAAAAUAGCUGGAGAUCGGUCUCUUCGAUUUUGGCGGACCGUUGGUGGUGGGAGCUGCGCAAGCUCCCUGUUGGGGAGCGUGUGGGGAGAAUAGUCCUGAACUGUGUGAAAAGGCGUACGUGUGACUUAUUCCGAGCGCUGAUGAAAGGAGCGCGUGAGGCACAAGACUGUGGAGCUUGUAACACGAGUUCCAUAAAGCGCUUGGUAUUAAGCGGCUAGCCACAGUGCGUGGUAGCGUCGUAUACCACACACUAACGCUCCAAACUGCGAUGGCCAGUGCUAACUAUCACUGCGGGGUUGAAGGGACCGGUCAGAAGCGCUGUAGGUUACAAAGCAGGGGCAUUGGAAGACGCAUCGAGAGUACAGUGGCCAGCUGGGGACGGUCUUAUGUGACCAGUAAUGGCGAGUGGUACUGUUUGGCACGCACGGAUGUUGUCGGGGCAAGCUCGCAACACCGUGACGUCGAAUUAACGCGUCACUUGCCAUCGGUGUGCUAAAGCGUCCCUAGCCAAUCGCCGUACUUAAAAUGCCUUAUCCUGUGGCCUGCCGCGCAAUUUCAUGUUUUGCACACAGACUUGUACAAACGACAGAAUUGUACAAAACGUCGUGUAAAUACGGUGAAGCAGCCGAAUCUCUGCGCAGCGCUGCUAUCUGGUUCUGCAGUACGUUUGUCUUUCUUGCAUUUACGUACGUACACGCCAUCGUGCAAUUGGCUCGCUGUCAUCACUUCGAACACUGCUGUAGCUCCGUGAACGCCGAAGCGUUUUCAAGUUCACCGUUGCUUUCGACAAAUGACCUUGGUCACUAUCGAAGUUAACGUCGCGACCGCGUUAGAAGAAACAACACAUCACUGUUGUAGAAGCGGUAAUACUGACAAUGCGAAAGGUUCGUUCGCGCGCUGUCCGUGCCUGGACCAACAGCUUUUAGUUUUUUUUCCCCCUAUCUGAAAUGACCUACAAUGCGGGCAAAUCUUGGGUGAACACCGGCCGACAGGGUAGAAACGGUUCCUUGGUGUAUGUAACUAGCGCGAGAACUCAAAAUUUGAUUGCUCAUGUUUUGCACUGUUGGGUGUCUUGUGAUUCUUUGUUUUCCUCCCCUCGCAGCGUAACCCCCGACAACUUGCCGCACCCAAAUGCUGUCUUCCCACGUACUUGUUGGUGCUUUAAAAGGAAAGCCGGGAAUCUUCUCAAUUAACCGUAGGGCGCGUGUCCCGCUGUUUCGCUCGUGAAGAUGAAAGCUCGUGAAGUCCUAAAAAUAUACGAUAGAAUCCAAGCAACUAGUGCGACUGUGCAAACGUUUCAUUGCGUGCGUACGAAAACUGAUAUAAGUGCUGACGUCAUUGCUUUAGUCUUCGCGUGGUGAUUCAUGUUCAGUGCCGAGCCAACACCAUCAACCCUGCACACUCCGUGCCUGCACCAGAGCUUCGCGUUUCAAAGAGUGCGCCGCUCACGUGUCGACCAGACCAUCGUCGUUCAAAAAGCGCGCCAUUCCCAGGGGUGGGGGUGGGGGCAACCGACUGGUUGCGCCAUCUCGCGGGGAAAGUGUCAAGUGACGCUGCCUUUGUCCACUUUUGAAUUUUUAGUCUUCGCCCGGUACUGUUGCAGAUUGACCAGUGAGCGUAGACGCUGCUUUAUGAGAUUUCGUUUAAUUAGAUUCUGCUCACCUAAAUGUUUUAGGCGACAGCUGCUAAACCACCCGCGACACGUACCGCGGCAUGUAGCUCGACGUCUGUGCAGCUGCUUGUCUAAUGUCACGGAAGGCCAGUGCCAACAUGUGAGUCGCAUCAGGGGCAUCAGUCCAUGGCCUCUGAGAUUUACGCGCGCCAGCUGGUUUUCCAGCCUGCGCGCGCAAAUCUUUGAGGCAAUGAUCGGUCAAUAGAAGAGUCUCCACCCAUCGCUUGGUGCUUUUCUUUCGAGCAUGUGUCUCGACCAUUGACCCGUGCCCUAGUGUUGCACCUGCGAACGCAUCCAGGUAGACGUGCGCGACAUACUGAUUACUACCUACGCCGUCCGGGCAUUUUGCACAUCAGAGUCCCACCUCUACGUAGAACGCUUUGUAGAAUUAACCGUUUUCUUCUAGAUGCCUCAGCAGAGGCAUGCAACCGGUUUCCCAUGGUCACACACACACGCACACACAACGUAUCCCGGUUUACAAUUGAAACCAUGUGCUCAUUCGGGCCUCGUGCCAAAGUCGUCACGGCGGGGCAGGAACCUACAAAUGCCGGCCUGCCUACAUGUUUGAAGGGGGAGGGUAAGAUACCAUUCUAAGUGCCUGAUUGUUGACGAGGUGCUUUUUUUGGCUUCUGGGAGGAGCGAAAUUAGAAUUGAGGUGUGUUCAUUCUCGAUGUUCACUCGUGAGGUCACCAUUUUUCGCCUGCGCAUGCAUAAGGCUCUCCUUCUUGUUGUGAACUCUAAAUUGCGUUUUUUUCCCUUCUUCCUUAGCGUCUUAUAAAACGGCGAUGAGCACAAACUUAUUACGAAGCCUGGUAGGGGGUGUUCUUGUUUGUAAGAAUUAUUAAGUUGUAUUCGCGAAUAAAUGUGCUUAGGCGUAAACACCCCUGAUCCUGUGGAAACCUUCGACAGCUAUUUAGGGCUGAUCACGAGGUGGAAGCUAUAGUGCACCUUUCAAUACGCACUCGUUGAAGACUGCGAUACUGUUCCCUCGCGUAAUGAUGUGUUCAUGUGCGGACCCUAGAAAAAAUGCUUGCAACGUACGAUGUUCGUAAUUCCCAUGGACCAUAAAGAAAGUGUUCACAUUUGACCCAGAAGACGGCUUUUUUUUUCUUUUUGAUGGCAGCUACAGAGAAUUCUGUCUACUCCACUGCUUAUUGUUGUAUUAUUUUAGUUUCUUUUUUUUUACGGAACUGUACUUGACCACCCCCGUAGUUUCUGCAGUUAAGUUUGUAAUGGGCACGUUGAGUGCAACUGUACAUUUUUUUGAAUGUCCUUGCAUAUGUGGCAAGACGAACUUUUGUCAGGCAUGAAAGAGAAAACAAAAAGUGUAGCGAAGGCGUCUACUUAUUGUUUGUCAAAGCAAAUUUGCAAAUGUAUUUGCGUGUCUGGUUCAUGAGCGUGCGCAUGUGGCGCACAUGCUUGGUAAAUUUUUCUCUGUUGCAUACAUUGACUCGAAGACACCGCCUGGACGGCGAUACUGAAACUGUUUUAACCUAAUUAAAUCGUCAUUGACACUGUCAUGGCCGAAACAAAAGAAAUGUGGAGAAGACUUUGACGAAUGUUGUGUUUGGGGAACUCGCGCUUCGCUCGGCAUUGUCUACAAUCUGCCAAUCAGAUGAAUCUAUUUUUUGGUAAAUAAAACGAGAAAAGAAAAUACAAGAAAACCAA